AUGGCCGCGGGCUCCCCGAAGCGGCGGCCGGGCGCAGCCGAGGCCGAGGCCGAAGAGGAGGACGACAACGACGACGACGGCGGCGGAGCGGGCCGCUGGCGCCGCACCCUCGGGCGGUUGCCGCUGCAGAGGCGCCGCGGCGCGCCGCCGCCAGCCCGGGGGCGGCAAGCGUGGCGCGCGGGGGCGCGCGCCCCGGUGGCGGUCGCGUGGGCGUGUGCCGCGCUGGCCGCUCUCGCCGGGGUUGGCUGCCGGGCGCCUUGGGCGACGGCGGCGGUGGCGGGGCUGCGCCCGGUGUUCGCGAUGUCCAGGUAUGACAUAUUGCGCAGCAAGUCGGCGCUCGAGAUCGACCUGGGGGCGGUGCAGAGGAAGUUCAUACGAUACGACGUGGACGCCUUCAAUCAAGAUGCGGCAGCCAUAGAGGAGCGCGCGCAGUUGCGCAAGAGGAUGGAGAAGUUGCCCGAGUUCGGCAUGCUUCUCCGAGCCAACGACGCCCGCCUCGAGCAGUCUAGCGGAGGUCACGAAGACCGCCUCUCGUGGGCCAUGCACGAGCAGGCACUGCUGGAUGCCAUGGAGGACGGGAGCAUCUUCCUGGCGAACAACAGGUUCAAUCCCGUCGAGGACGAGGCUGAGCUGAGGAGGGCGCGGCGCGAACAGCUCAUUGCGGACAACCCCGAGCUGAAGGCGCUCAUCGAGAAGCGGAUGGCCAGGAAGAAGAAGGAGACUGGGACCUACAGGGGAAAGCCCGGGCACCCGAAGAAGAAGAGGUAGCGCCAGUGGACUUCAAGCUGUGACCGCUCCCGUCGAAGAGCAGCGAACGGCAAACAUAGACAGAAUGUCAGCUUGUGAUUCCCCCGGGGCUGAUGAAUAGACCCCGCAGGGCGCGAAACAUUUGUUUUAAUCACGCGCGCCAGGGGGUCGUCGCGGUCCGACUGCAGAUUGGCACAUCAAGUGGCCGCGGCGGUCGGCGCGCGGCGCUCGAGGGGCGCAGGCGCGCGGCGGACGGGGGCUGGCGGGAAAAUCCAGGCACGCGCGGGACCUUGCACGCGCGGGACGCUGCUGCCCCCCGGCGCCCCCCGCGACGGGCAGGCCGCGGGCGCCACGGGAAGCGUUGUUGCCGAGGCGCGGUCCUUGCGUGCAGCCGCUGCCCUGGACGGAGUGCCCCGAAGGGGACUUUGAUAGUCUGGGAACUCGGCCUCUAGAGUGGAGCGUGCGAGUUGUAGAUGACCUGGGGGCCUUGGAAUGCCUGGAUCGAGUCCGCGGGGGCAAGCCUGGACAUAUGGAGC